CGGCCGUGUGUGUCGGCCCCGAGCGUCCACAACCCGCCUCGCCCGGAGCCGACCAUGGGCAAAGCUCUGCUCCUGUGCCUGGCCGCUCUGACCUGCGCCGGCCUGGGCGCGGCCCUGCAGUGCCUGAAAUGCGACUUCACCGCGUUCGACGCCCCAUGUGAGCUCACCCCGGUCACCUGCCCGGCUGGGCAGCUCUGCGCCACCGUCCGGGGCCACGCAGCCGGCCACAAGACGAUUGUGCGGAAGAACUGCGUGGACGAGGUGAAAUGCAGCACUCAGGACACGGCGACCUGGGCCGGCAUCACCUACGCCACCUCCUACACCUGCUGCCAGGGCGACUUCUGCAAUUAGGCCAGGCCCCCGGAGCACCCCCGGGGCCGGCGCCUCUGACUGUCCCCCCUUUCAGGGGACGGAUUUGUCUUGCGUACCCACAAAUUUCACCUCCCUUAAAAACGACCUGCUGACGUCAAAAUCCAGAAGUGGUCCAGCCCCGCUGUGACUGAACAGUGGCUGACUUUCUCCUUUUGAUCCUGUAAUUAUAAAUAAAUCAAUUGGAAUAGAAA